AUGGCAGUUCAGCUUGCCCCGCCGUCCUCGGCCCGUCUCGUCGAGGACGACGGCCUCGUUUGCCUCGAGCUCCAGGAUGGCUCAACCUACCAGGGCUACAGCUUCGGUGCCCAGAAGAGCAUCGCUGGAGAGCUGGUCUUCCAGACGGGCAUGGUCGGAUAUAAUGAAAGCAUUACUGAUCCCUCCUACGAGGGCCAAAUUCUCGUCCUCACCUUUCCAUUGGUGGGAAACUACGGUGUUCCCUCUCGCGAGCUGGAGGAGUUUUUGGGCGACCUGCCAGCUCACUUCGAGUCCUCCCGGAUCCACAUUGCCGGUCUGGUCACAGCCUCGUAUUGCGGCGAAGACUACUCUCAUUUCCUUGCCGCUUCAUCGCUGGGCACAUGGCUCAAGGAGCAGGGCAUCCCCGCCAUGUACGGCGUCGACACCCGAGCCCUCACAAAGAAGCUCCGAGAACAAGGUAGCAUGCUUGGCAAGAUGCGCCUUGCGAAGCAGAGCUUGACCAACGGUGCUGAGAACGGCCUUGUUCAUGCUCACACCUCUCUCGAUAGCUUCGAGACGGUGGAGUGGAGCAACCCCAACGAGAAGAAUCUUGUCGCUCAAGUUUCCGUCAAGGAGCCUAAGCUAUACAAGCCCUCGCCGUCCAUUGCUCGCAAGCACCCCUCCGGCCGAACCCUUCGGGUCUUGUGUGUCGAUGUCGGUAUGAAGUACAACCAGCUCAGAUGCUUCCUCAAGCGCGGUGUCGAGGUCCUCGUGGUCCCCUGGGACCACAACAUCGUCAAGGAGGCCGGCGACCAGUACGAUGGUCUCUUCAUCUCCAACGGUCCCGGUGACCCUUCCGUCGUCGAUGCCACCGCCAAGAACAUCGCGACCGCCAUGGAGAAGAACAAGACCCCAGUGUUUGGUAUUUGCUUGGGACACCAGCUCCUCGCCAGAGCUGCCGGGGCCAAGACGAAGAAGAUGAAAUUCGGAAAUCGAGGCCACAACAUCCCCUGCACGAGUAUGGUGACUGGUAAAUGCCACAUCACCUCACAAAACCAUGGGUUUGAGUUGGAUGCUUCCAGCCUUCCCCAGGGCUGGGAGGAGCUCUUUGUCAACGCCAAUGAUGGCAGCAAUGAAGGAAUUCGGCACACCGACAAGCCCUACUUCAGUGUGCAAUUCCACCCCGAGUCAACACCCGGUCCCCGUGACACGGAGUAUCUCUUUGACGUGUUUUUAAACACCGUCGCUGAGUGCGCCGAGGACCCUACGCUCCUCCAGAAACCAGUUAGCUUCCCCGGUGGCACCAUUGAGGAGAACGAGCGCCUCCACCCUCGUGUCUCGGUCAAGAAGGUCCUUGUCCUGGGCAGUGGUGGCCUGAGCAUUGGCCAGGCCGGCGAGUUCGAUUACUCCGGCAGUCAAGCCAUCAAGGCUCUAAAGGAGGAAGGCAUCUACACGGUGCUCAUCAACCCCAAUAUUGCCACCAUCCAGACCUCCAAGGGUCUCGCCGACAAGGUGUACUUCCUCCCUGUCAACGCCGAAUUCGUCCGCAAGGUCAUCAAGUACGAGCGCCCCGACGCCAUCUAUGUUACCUUUGGUGGUCAGACCGCUCUGCAGGUCGGUAUCCAGCUCAAGGAUGAGUUUGAGGAGCUCGGUGUCAAGGUUCUCGGUACCCCCAUUGACACCAUCAUCACGACUGAGGAUCGUGAGCUCUUUGCCCGAAGCAUGGAGACGAUUGGCGAGAAGUGUGCCAAGUCCGCCUCCGCCAACAACAUCACAGAAGCCAUGGAAUGCGUCAAGGAUAUUGGUUUUCCUGUGAUUGUCCGUGCUGCCUAUGCUCUUGGCGGAUUGGGUAGCGGAUUUGCCAACAACUCUUCUGAGCUAGAGGAUUUAUGCAACAAGGCAUUCGCCGCAAGCCCCCAGGUCCUGAUUGAGCGAAGUAUGAAGGGCUGGAAGGAAAUCGAGUACGAAGUCGUCCGUGACGCCCAAGACAACUGCAUCACAGUCUGUAACAUGGAAAACUUUGACCCCUUGGGUAUUCACACCGGUGACUCCAUUGUCGUCGCCCCCUCCCAGACUCUGUCUGAUGAGGACUACAACAUGCUCCGCACUACAGCAGUCAAUGUCAUCCGGCAUCUGGGCGUCGUCGGUGAGUGCAACAUUCAGUAUGCGCUGAACCCCUUCUCGAGGGAGUACUGCAUCAUCGAGGUCAACGCCCGUCUCUCGCGAUCUUCCGCCCUUGCCUCCAAGGCUACCGGCUACCCUCUGGCGUUCAUCGCCGCCAAGCUUGGUCUCGGUAUCCCUCUGAAGGAGAUCAAGAACGCCGUCACCAAGCAGACCUGCGCCUGCUUUGAGCCGUCUCUCGACUACGUCGUUGUCAAGAUGCCCAGGUGGGAUCUCAAGAAGUUCACCCGUGUGUCGACCCAGCUCGGCUCUGCCAUGAAGAGUGUCGGUGAGGUCAUGAGCAUCGGUCGGUCGUUCGAGGAAGCCAUCCAGAAGGCGAUCCGAUCUAUCGACUUCCACAACAUCGGAUUCGGCGCGACCCCGGCCCUGAUGAAGCUCGAUGAUGAGCUCCAGACUCCCUCUGACCAGCGUCUCUUCGCCAUUGCAAAUGCAAUGCACGAGGGAUACAGCGUGGACAAGAUCUGGGAGAUGACCAAGAUCGACAAGUGGUUCCUUCGCAAGCUCAAGGGCCUGAGCGACUUUGCCAAGGAAAUGUCGAACUACAGCACCACCGACAUCACCGGCUCCCCCCACCUUCUCUUGCAGGCCAAGAGACUUGGUUUCAGCGACCGACAGCUGGCCAACUUCUGGAGCUCCAACGAAAUCGCGGUGCGAAGGCUCAGGCAAGAGGCGGGUAUCCACCCCUUUGUCAAGCAGAUUGAUACCGUCGCUGCCGAGUUCCCUGCCUACACCAACUACCUCUACCUUACAUACAAUGCAUCCGAGCAUGAUCUUGACUUCGAUGACCACGGAGUGGUGGUUCUUGGCUCCGGUGUGUAUAGGAUCGGUUCCUCCGUCGAGUUCGAUUGGUGCUCUGUCAGAGCUAUCCGGACUCUUCGCGAGUUGGGCUACAAGACUGUUAUGAUUAACACCAACCCGGAAACCAUUUCCACCGAUUAUGAUGAAGCCGACCGUCUCUACUUCGAAACAAUUGAUUUGGAGACUUCUCUAGACAUAUACGAACGAGAGGGCAGCCAAGGUAUUCUAGGAGCCAUGUCUGGACAAUUACCCAACAACAUUGCACUCCCUCUGCACCGUGCCGGCGCCAAGGUGCUGGGAACAUCCCCAGAGAUGAUUGACAGUGCGGAGAACAGAUACAAGUUCUCCCGAAUGCUGGACCGCAUUGAGGUGGAUCAGCCUACAUGGAAAGAACUUACCAGCUUCGAGGAGGCCAAGAGCUUCUGCCAAAAGGUCACAUACCCUGUUCUUGUGCGUCCCUCCUACGUUCUCUCAGGUGCCGCCAUGAACACCGUGUACUCUGAAAAAGAUCUUGAGAAUUUCCUCGACCAGGCGGCCCAGGUCUCGAGAGAGCACCCAGUGGUGAUCACCAAGUACAUCGAGAAUGCCAAGGAGAUUGAAAUGGAUGCCGUGGCCAAGGACGGAGAGGUCAUCGGUCACUUUGUCUCUGAGCAUGUUGAAAACGCUGGUGUCCACUCCGGUGAUGCUACCCUCAUUCUCCCUCCCCAGGAUCUUGAGCGCACCACGAUCCAGAGGAUUGAGGAGGCAACUCGCAAGAUUGCUGCCGCCCUCAACGUCACUGGUCCGAUGAACAUCCAGUUCAUAGCCAAGGAUGAUAAUGUCCGCGUUAUUGAAUGUAACGUACGAGCUUCCCGAUCUUUCCCCUUCGUGUCGAAGGUUAUGGGCGUGGAUUUAAUCCAGCUAGCUACACAAGCUAUUAUGAACGAGCCCUUCAAGGCCUACCCUCCCAGCGACCUGCCUGCCAACUGCGUCGGUGUUAAGGUGCCACAGUUCAGUUUCUCUCGCCUGUCGGGUGCCGAUCCUGUUCUCGGUGUGGAGAUGGCCUCCACCGGAGAGGUCGCUUCCUUUGGUGUUGACAAAUAUGAAGCCUAUCUCAAGGCCCUGUUGUCCACCGGCUUCAAAAUCCCCAAGGCCAACAUCCUCUUGUCCAUUGGUUCCUACAAGGACAAGAGGGAGAUGCUCCCCUCAGUCGAGAAGCUCCAGAAGAUCGGAUACAAGCUGUUCGCGACUGCUGGUACCGCCGAUUUCCUGCAGGAGCACGGCAUCCCAGUUCAGUAUCUGGAGGUCCUUGGGAGCGACGAGGACCGAGAAUCCGAGUUCUCACUCACCCAGCACUUGUCGAAGAACACCAUUGACUUGUACAUCAACCUGCCGUCGAACAACAAGUACCGUCGUCCUGCCAGCUACAUAAGUAAGGGUUAUCAGACACGUCGACUAGCUGUUGACUUUCAGAUUCCUUUGGUCACCAACGUCAAGAAUGCCAAGAUCCUGGUGGAAGCCCUCGCCCGGGAUUUUGACCUUAAUGUCUCCCAGCGAGACUACCAGACGAGCCACCGCACCGUUGUCCUGCCUGGUUUGAUCAACAUUGCUGCAUUUGUUCCCGGUAUCGUCACGCCUAGUAGCCAGGAUAUGGAAGCAGUCACAAAGGCAUCUAUUGCCUCUGGUUUCUCCAUGAUUCGGGUGAUGCCUCUUGGUGUCGAGGGCUCCAUCACUGACGCCCUCACGCUCAAGCUGGCGCAGCAGAACAGCCAGAAGGACAACUUCUGCGACUUCAACCUGUCUGUCUCAGCUACGUCUGACAAUGAUGGCCAGAUCAGCACAGUCAUUGGCGAGGUUGGAUCCCUUUUCAUCCCGUUCAACCACCUGUCCGGCAACAUCAGCAAGGUGGCUGCAGUCACGGCUCACUUCGAUGCCUGGCCCUCAUACAAGCCCAUUGUGACUGACGCCAAGCUGACCGAUCUUGCAUCUAUCCUCCUCCUGGCCAGUCUUCACAGCCGCCGCAUUCACGUCACAUCCGUCACUACGAAGGAUGAUAUCCGACUGAUUGCUCUCAGCAAGGAGAAGGGCUUGCAAGUUACUUGCGAUGUGUCCAUCUACUCUCUGUACCUGUCACAAAACGACUUCCCUGGAUGUGAUCGCCUCCCAACUGCCGAGGAUCAGGCAGCGCUCUGGGAGCACAUGAGCACCAUUGACGUCUUCUCCAUUGGCAGCCUGCCAUACCACCUCGCCAGGGUGAAGGGACACAAGGCCAACCCCUCCAUGGGCAUUUCAGAGGCCCUCCCUCUCCUCUUGACAUCAGUCACGGAGGGCAAGCUCACCAUUGACGAUAUCAAGCUGCGCCUGUACGAGAAUCCCAAGGAGAUCUUUGAGCUGCACGAGCAGGUCAACACCAGCAUCGAGGUCGAGGUUGAUCGAUCCUACGAGGUUCCUCAGGGCUCCAUCUGGUCUCCCUUCGCCGGGCGCAAGAUGAGCGGAUCUGUAAAGAGAGUCACGUUCCAAAACACCACGGUGUGCCUGGAUGGUGAGCUGCUGCCAGUUCCCCCUCAGGGCAAGGACAUGUCCUCCCACCUGCUGCCACCCACAUCUCCCCCAUCUAAGCCCACCGUUCCCUCAAUCGGUCAGGUCGCGGAGAGCCCAUACUCGAAGACCCGGCGAGAGUCCAUCCUCGCCCCUGUGCAGCCCCUUACCAAGCUGCGCGGCCUUGAGGGCAGUGCACUUUCCCCCUCGCAGCUUGAAAAGGUCAGUGGAGCACUGGAGGAGUCUCUGCUACCCCUCCAAUUGCAGUCCUCUACCCGCUCUUCUGUCCAGCACCUGCUGUCGCGAUCUUCUUCGUUUAAGAAUGCGCACGUGCUCUCUGUUAAGCAAUACAGCCGAUCAGAUCUGCAUUUGCUCUUCACCGUUGCUCAGGAGAUGCGUCUCGGUGUUCAGCGAGAGGGAGUGCUCGACAUCCUGAAGGGACGUCUCCUGUGCACCCUCUUCUACGAGCCUUCGACCAGAACCUCUGCCUCGUUCGAUGCCGCCAUGCAGCGCCUGGGAGGCCGCACAGUCCCCAUUGCCACCUCGCAAUCCUCAGUGCAGAAGGGAGAGACUCUCCAGGAUACUCUCCGCACCCUGGCUUGCUACGGUGACGCCGUGGUCCUGCGCCAUCCCUCGGAGCAUUCCGUCGACAUCGCACAGAAGUUCAGCCCCGUCCCCGUCAUCAACGGAGGAAACGGAAGCAAGGAGCACCCAACUCAGGCCUUCCUCGACCUGUUCACGAUCCGUGAGGAGUUCGGUACCGUCAACGGGCUGACCAUCACCUUCAUCGGAGACCUCCUCUACGGACGCCCCGUCCACUCGCUCGUGUACCUGCUCCGCCACUACGAGGUGCAGGUGCAGCUCGUGGCCCCCAAGGGCCUGGCCCUCCCCGCCGGCGUCAGGGAGCAGCUCGUCAAAUCCGGCCAGCUGCUGGUCGAGUCCGAGACCCUGACCCCCGAGAUCCUCGCCCGCAGCGACGUCCUCUACUGCACCCGCGUGCAGAAGGAGCGGUUCCCCAGCGCGGAGGAGUACGAGGCCGUCAAGAACUCGUACCGCGUCGACAACGCCGCGCUCAAGCACGCCAAGAGCUCCAUGGUGGUCCUCCACCCCUUACCCAGGAACGAGGAGGUGGCCGAGGAGGUGGACUUUGACCAGCGGGCAGCCUACUUCAGACAGAUGCGCUACGGUCUCUACUGCCGAAUGGCCCUACUGGCACUUGUCAUGCACGGAUAG